AUGUCGAUAAUAUCCGAACAAGUUCGACGGCUGGAUGCGCAGAUCGACAGGAUCCAAUUGCACCUCUCGGAAUCCGCCCAAAAGUCAGCUGCGGUUGCCGCCAUCACCCAACAGCCAGCAGACGUGCACGAGGAAGAAGCGUCUGCUACAACCAAGCAGACCAUCGCUGCCUUAACCGCAAUCGCAAGAGCGCUAUCCGUAGGCUCUCCGUCACGCCCACUCCUGCACCCUUCCCAUCUCCUGCAGCUUCUCCAUCGAUCAGUGGCCCCCUCUGUCCAACCCACUUCUGCAGCAUUAGAAGAUGGCUACAUCUCAGACCUCCAAUGGAUCAUUGCGGCAAAGGCCUCCGUCCAGGGGCUGGGGUUGGUCAUGCGGGCGUUGCUGCAGGAGAGCAUGCCGCUAAAUGACAGCAUCUGGUACUGGGAUGAAGUCCUGAGCUCCCAUAUCUACACCGGCCUCUAUACCAUGCAGAUGCUGCCCGUCAGGCUCUGGCAACAGGCGCGGGACAUCUUCCACACGUUCCGGCGGCGGCGAAUGGAGGCGCGGGUUAUGGGCAUGGGCGCUUCAUCCCUGUCGCUGUCCGGUCGCUGGAGGAAUUUCUACAGUAUUGUCCACCAGAGUAUCAAGGAGCGGUCGCUGGUGCAGUCGAAGAUGAUGAGGAUUUUUUCGCCGUUUGCGUUGUGUCGGUCUCAGGUUCGAUCGAAGCGGAAGCAUUUGAGGAAGGUUCGGGAGGUCAAUGCCUGUGCGAUUGGACUGCUUGUGGAGGAAGGACUUGUUUUCGAGAUGGAAGACGAAGACUCUGGAUAUGGCGAUAAUGGAAAUGUCGAGAAGCUUGGAGAUUGGAAGGAGGUGGUUCGACGGACUGUCGUUCUCCUCCGUGUCGUCCUGGAGAAAGUUGGUGGGGGUGCCGGCAAGAUUGCCGUGUUUGAAAAUACCGUGUUUGUGGAUGUUGAACACCUAGUUCAUGCUGUAGAGCAUCCGUCGCACAUUUUCCAGCAACUCAUCCAGGUUUUGGAGGAAUCCUUGCCCGACCAACGGGCCUCUACUGCGGCUAUGAUCAAUAAAUACGGCUACCCUUCUAGGAUCAUCCGUUACUGGAUUCCGGUCUCAAUCCUGUUCUUCUCUCUCGGAACCAUACUAAAUACAUUAACUAAUAGACGUGUAGAGAUAUGGACCUGGAUCUCCGAGCUUGGUUCCACAAUGGUUGAUUUCUGGGCGAAUUGGGUCAUCGAUCCCUUACGGAGACUCAUCGGGACGAUACGGCACGACGAGACGAGCGAGGUUGCCAUAAUGAGCAAGCACAGCCUGCAAGCGGAUCGAGCUAGCCUCGAGAGGAUGGUUGUUGACUUUGCCACGGACGUCUCAGGCCAUAAGUCAUGGACGCAGGCCGAGAUCGAUGUGCUCCGGUCUGAAGUUAAAGAGGGAGAUCUUACUCCGGUCCUAAAAGCCUACGAGCGGGAUUUGAAAAACCCUUUCUUUGGAACAGUGCGGGGAGACUUAAUUCGUGCGCUACUGAUACAGAUCCAGAAAACCAAAGUGGAUGUUGAGAUUGCAAUUGGGGGCAUCGACGCGCUAUUGAAAAGCCAGGAAUUGCUUUACUUAAAUACGGCCCUAGAUUUGUCGGUCUCACCCCAGGAAUUCUCGUUUCCUACGCUGUAUUCCGAUGGGUCAGCGGAGCCUUCGGAAACAGGGCCGGCCUCCGGCGAGGGAAGAAGCAAGAAGAUAUGGUCCGCGCACUCAGAGAUACAUGAGAACUCACCGUAUCCGCUCCUCACCAGCGCCGUCCAUCGCGUCCUGACAGCCUCCACCACCACGCACGACGGCCUUCUCUCCUGCAAGGACCACGGCCUUCUGCUCUGCGAGACCGAUAUCCUCUGCCAAAGGGCUCAGAAUCUUCUCCCGGGGGCUACAUAUCAUGAGUUCCAGGAGGACAUCCGUGAGCUUUUGAACGUGCGUGUUGGCAUUGCGCGGCAAUUGCGCAUCUUGGAGCGUGUGCGAUGGGCGUAUGCGAAAUGGACGCGCUGA